AUGCCGCUUUCUUCGGUCCCUGGUCUGGGCGGGGUGGCUUGGGAACGCCGAAAGAGUCUGCUGGCGGCGCCGAGCCGUCAGGAGAGAUGCUGUCUUCUUCCAGCAGAGAAGCACAGAGUGUACCAGGGCGUCCGAGUGAAGACCACCGUCAAAGAGCUGCUGCAGAGGCACAGAGCCCGAGAGGCAAGCAGCAAGAAAGUGAAAACGAUAUCCCAGGUUUGCUUGGAACUCCAGGAGCUGUGCGCCUCCACAUUCCCAAGUCGUCAUGUGGAUCCUCCCUCCGUCAUCCCUCCAGCUGACUCCAGCUGCGGAGCGCGAGCCGUCCAGCUGCGCACCGCCACGUUCCCUGAGAGCGCGUGCAGCAUCCCGAUGCAGGACGGCAGCUUUAACGACAUCCAGCAGCAGUUUGGGGACGUGAUGUUGCCCGGCAACUGCUACGGGGGCAAUAACAACAACAACCCCAGCGGAGGCAUCAGCUACAGCGCCUCUCUGCCGCCCCCCACCGCCUCCCCGCUGCCAUGGAGCCACGGACUGUCCUCAGAUGCGGACUACUACGGCCACGGGAUGGCUCCCUGCUCCUCAUCGGAGUCUCUGGCGUUCUGCAACCCCAUGGAUCACAACAGCUACUCCCCACAGGACUCGUUCUCCUCCUCCUCUUCCUCCUGCUACGACUCGCCCACCAGGAUGGAGUCCAGCUACCGUGGCUUCACCUCAGAGCUCUACCACUACCAGCAUUGUACCCCCCAGGACUGCUACUGUCUGCCCCACUGCUGGCCGGCCCCUCAGGAAAGUUUCCCUGCCCCAGAAUAUGCACCUUACUACAACCCCACAGACCUUCCAUACAUCUGUCCUGUGGAGGAGAAUUAUUUUAGGAGGGAUCUCCCAGUGAGCUCUGAGAUGUGUUACAAUGUUCUAUGAAGAGACCUCCAGCAGUAUUACUUUGUGUGCAGGCUGUAAAUAUGGUUCUCUCCCAGUAAGGCUGUUUGCUUGUUGCUCUGCUCUCCGUGUCAGUGUGUGUCCUGACUGGCUUUGGCUUCGGUGCAUGAUGAAUGCUGAAUGGAUGGAAAUAUUUUUGUAACCUUUUUAAAACGUCAGAUUUAUUUUCAUACACAUGAUUUGUUGCUGUACAAAAUAAAGAAAAACAAACAAUA